GUCAGUUUCACUAGAACCCGCGGUUGGUGCCGGUGAGGAGGGGGAUGGGCGCUGCGAAUGUAGGGAUCCAGGAGAGAAUCAGAAUCCUGAAUCACACAGAGCAGCACAUACCCUAUUAUAAAUAGCGACUGUAAAUAGACAAUACACUAAAAUAAAUAGAUUUAUCCAUCGGGGAUCUAUUAUAGACACUCAAUGGAUGCGCUGCACCUGAACAGGACAGGAAAUUUUACUUUCCGCCUAUGCGUGGGAGACACUAAGAAGUUUGUUUCCUACACCUGGAGAAGGAGCUACUUUUAAGGGCAACGGAUAAAGGAGACUCCGAGGCUGACAUACAGGCCUACUGGUCUGGUUGGAUUUGAUGUUGGGAUACUCUGAUGACUUCCUACUCUACAUGACUUUGGCUCGUUUGUACGACUUUGAAAUGCCUCUUUAGGUCCCCCAUGACUGUGAGCCGUGGGCUGCGGCUCAGUGGCGCCCCACCUCUGGAGUGGUCUGUUGCUGUAAUUAGGACCGUGUGAUUCCUCUCCUCACCUCUCCUUCUCCCCCUCUCCCACCCCUCCCACCCCCCCCACCCCAAACCCCCUCACCCACCCAUCCCCCACCCCACCCACCCGCACCGCUGUGCUGGACGUCAUGAGCAUAGUAAUUGCGCUGGGAGUCACUACACCUGAAACGUCUUACUCAGAUAUGGCUGCUGGAUCAGACCCUGAGUCAGUUGAAGCAAGCCCUGCUGUGAAUGAGAAAAACUACAACAACCACAGCUGCGGGAGCGCACAGAGUCAUGGGUAUCGGGGACUACCAUAUGCUAUGCAACAGUCUUCCGUUGUGUGUUGUCAGGAUCACAACUAUGGCGCACCCCCACCCCCCACCCCACCUGCCUCCCCGCUCUCCCAAACCAUCAUCCCCCGUAUGGAUCUCAACGGCAUGGUACUCGGCUCCCGCUAUCACGAAACUACUGAGGACAACUCCGCAGACAGCGACAGUUCCUCAGAGGAGGACGGGGCCGUGGCCAGCUGGUGUCACUGCAGCCUGAUGCCCGAUGGCUUGCUCAUCAAAUGUGACAACUGCAGGGGGCUCGACAGGAGGAAAGGAGCAGAAGGCCAACACAGGAAGACAGAAAAUGUCUCAGCUGGAGAAAGCAGCGCAACAGAGAGUGGUGAUGAAGAGGUGUCGCCCUCCACCAUCUCCUACACCGCCACCCAGCAUACACCCACCAGCAUCAAACUCACUGUCAACCGGGUCAAAAGAAGCAAAUCCAAAAAGAGGAAAAAGAGCACAGAGAAGGCUCGUGGAACACCGAAAGGCAAGAAAGUCAAGGCUUUCAGAGAGGGUUCUAGGAAGUCCAUGAGGAUGAAGAACUCAACAACGGAGGCCAGUGUACUGGAUGAGAACACAGCAGAGGGGUGGGAAAGCAGGAUUCGCCAGUGGACAGACCAGUAUGAGGAAGCUCUGGUGAAUCAGUACAGCGCUGAUGUCCAGACACUGUUGCAGCUUCACCGUGCUGCCAGCAGCACAGCCUCAAAGACUGAGAGCAGCACCAUGAUGCUCCCCUCCACCACACAGAUCCAGACCUCAGUUGAUGCCAUGGACACCAUCAACCGCACUGAGCUGGCCUGUAACAACACAGUACUGGGCUCCCAGAUGCAGCUCCAGCUGGGGCGUGUAACACGGGUGCAGAAACACCGGAAGAUCCUCCGAGCAGCCAAGAACCUGGAACCAGACAUGCUCAUCAUUGAAUAUCGGGGAAAGGUCAUGCUCAAGCAGCAGUUUGAAGUCAAUGGGCACUUCUUUAAAAAACCAUACCCAUUUGUGCUGUUUUACUCAAAAUUUAAUGACGUAGAGAUGUGUGUUGAUGCACGGACCUUUGGAAAUGAUGCACGCUUCAUUAGGAGGUCCUGUACACCCAACGCUGAGGUCCGACAUAUGAUUGCUGAGGGUAUGAUCCAUCUGUGUAUCUAUGCUGUCAGUCAAAUCACAAAGGACGCUGAGGUCACCAUUGGAUUUGAUUAUGAGUUCAAUAGCUGUAAUUACAAAGUGGACUGUGCCUGCCAUAAAGGCAACCAGAACUGCCCUGUGCAGAGGCACAACCUGAGCCCCAGAGAGAGCUUUCUGAGUCCCCCCUGCCUGCUGCCUCCCUCUCCUCUGGUUGGUGCUGAGACCCGGCGAAGAAAAGCUCGGAGGAGGGAAAUUGAGGGCUGCCUAGCAAGUGACAACAGUCAGUCCCUUGAUGAGCACCAGGAGGCCAAAGAACUGCAGGGGACCAGUGACGCAGAGGAGAAACCGCUGGAGGAGGUGAAGGUGGAAGAAGGGGAGGAUGGAGAUGUGGAUGAAAAUGGGGUCGCCAUCUCCAGUAAAAGAACGUUUCACAGCCUGGAAAGGAGGCGGAGGAGAGUGGGUGUAACAGAAAUAAAAGAUGAGGGUGUGGAAGCUGAGGAUGGAGCAGGAAACCCCACAGGCAGCACCCCUUUACCCCACAAUACUGGGGUUGGGGUCAGCACACGACGCACCACCUAUGUCAUGGAAGCGCCAUCUGUUGAAGAAAAGACCUCAUUACCCUACCUGCCUACCCCAGUUGCUCCCCCUAAACCUGCACGACCUACCAAGCCUCGGCCCAAAAGUCGGAUCUCUCGCUACCGGUCAAGCUCAUCGCAGCGGGCCCGGCGGCAACGUCAAGCCCUUGCCCAGCAGGCGGCGGCAGCUGCCACGGCUGCAGCAUUGGCUGCAGUGCCAUCAUCAGCUGAACAGGGGGCUAAUCUGGAGGAAGAAGGAUCUCAGGGUCCAUAUGGUGCCGAACAUGGCCACGGAGAGAGUGGUCUGGGCGGUCAUCUCCUAGAUGGAGACGGCCAGGGGCUAAACUGCAUUAAUAGAGGCAACUUGCGCUACCCUAAGACCAAGAAGUACCUUGUGACAGAGUGGCUAAAUGACAAGAUCCCUGGAGGGGAGAGGGUCCAUCAAGAGGUACCUGUUGAGCGCCCCCUGCGGAUAACAACUGACCCCACAGUGCUUGCCACCACCCUAAACAUGCUGCCAGGCCUCUCCCACUCCACACUCAUUUGCACCACACCCAGACACUACGUUCGCUUCGGCUCUCCCUUCAACCCUGAGAGACGCAGGCCCCGCCCACUCCAAAUGGAUGGCACUUAUGGCUGCUACAAAAAGAGAUGGAUAAAGCAAGUUGAGGAUGAGAGCUGUUCAGCCAGUAUGGAGGAUGGCACAGAGUCCACGUCCUCCCAGCAAAGUACAAGUAGCAGAUCCACGCCCAACCCCCUGUCCAGUGAACUCAAUGCCCCAUUUAAAAAGCGCCGCUCCAAGUAUAUGGCUGAGACAACACCAGCACCACCAGACCACCUGCUUUGUCCGCUGUCACCCAUUACACCGCCACUCCCAGAAGACUCCCUCCACCCGCUGCUCCACACCCGCUGUGGUUCCCUGCUGCCCAAUGGUGUGGUCUACUCACCCAUGCCCUCCCUUCCUGCCAGCCGCUGCAACACACCAUUGCAGUUUGAAAACAUAUCAUCCCCUGAGGCAUCUCCUGUUCACAGGCCAGAGUCCAUCUCACCUGAGCCAUGUCUUCAGACAGACUUUGAAGUCCCUCGGCCUCAGUUCCCCGACCUGUCACUCCCCUCGAGCCUGGAGAGCCCUAUGGCCAUGACCUCAGAUGACUUUUCCCUUCCUGGAUGUCCUUCAGGCCCAGAUUCCCUAGGUCCAUCAUCUGUGGGAACCAGUUCUCUAAAUCCAGUGUCCUGUCCUUCAUCAGACCUGAACCCCCCAAACAGGGAGCAGGCCUUCAGGACAGAGUUCAACCUCAUAUACACCUGCUCACCCCUCAAUGCAAACUUGGGGAACCCUGUGGCCACUGACUGCCGCCAAUCCCAGUCAGAAGGAGGCUUCUCCCCUGCAGAGUCCUUCCACAGUUCCAUAAGUGGCCAGGGGCUAAUGGGAGAUAUUGGUCCGGGUUCCAUGUCACCCUAUGGGGAGCCUCAUUAUGGGGAAGGCUAUCCAGACAGUGGCACACCUCCUCACACCAGCAACCCACCACAAAAGAGGAAGAGGGCCAACCAGCAUACCAUUAGUCUGCUGACAGGGAAGCCAGAUUACCAGGCUAUAGCUGUAAGAAGCGAAUACAAGCCAGUACAAAAUAUGGUGUCUUUGCUGGAGUACCGUAAAAGGAAGCAGAGCAGUGGUCGUGACUCUGAGCCAACCGGCAGCAGCUCCUCUCUGGGCAGCAACCCUACCCGUGUCUCCCACUACAGCCAGGACUCCCAUCAUCCCCAUUCCCAUCAGCAGAUGCAACCCCUGGCCUCCUCACACAGCUCCUUCUCUUCCUCAGCACACACCAACCCUGUCCCACAGAUAGAGGAGGUCAGUCCUCCAGACCAGCAGGGCUUGCAGUCAAGAUGCCAGGACAACAACAACCAGUGGAUGGUUCCCACUACUGUUGAACGUCUAAGGGAAGGCCAGGGUGUUUUGGAGCGAGUGCUAAGAAGCAUCAAGAUGGAGCGUCUUUACAAGAGGAGUGAUGGCUCUACAGAGAAGGAAUUUGAUGCGGAUCGAUAUGAGAUGCAGGCAACAUCCGUGCCGUCUCCCAUUAAGAGUCCACACAGAUACAGUCCUUCUGUGUACUCAAACCAGUCAUCAGAAAGCCACCGGCAGACCAACAGCCCAUCGUUCCGCCAACAACCCUCCAACUCUCCAUUCCGGGGUUCCUAUAGUCCCUCUUCAGGCCAGAGCCUCUACACACGCCACUCCUCCCACCCUGGACUACCCCAGGACCACCCUCCAUCCUCCUACUCCAGUCACUCCCCCACCACCGCCUCAUCCUCAGACUCCAGGCCACCAGCAGGGUCUCUACACCAGCAGAGUGGCAGCAGUAACGUGGACAGAGGCCACAGCUACAGCAGCAGCCACUUAAAAGCGAACCUUUUGAAUAGUAGUGGCCUGGCAGGGGCUCCAACCCCGGUAUCCAGGGCCCAUGGGCAGACUAAAAUAGACUCGGGUGCCCUGGCAUCCAGAGGAAGUCAGCAACAAGUAUCUCACAGCCUGAAGUCGGCCAGCCCAGGCCAGGCAACGCUGCAGGCCAGCUCCAGGCUGCUGUCGGCCUCUGGACCGACACACUACCCACAGCGAGGGACAAGCAUCAGCCAGUUCCAGCACUCCCCCUUACAGGGACCCGGAGAAAAAAAUGACUACAUUCUGCACAAAGCUAAUCACUGACUUUGAACAUCAUUAUGGAAUCAGUGGAAAAAGAUUAUUUGGAAGACACAUUCACAAAAAAACAAGAAAUCAUAUGUAACUUGAAAUUGUCCCCAGUGUUUCCUGAUGUGCUGGACUGUGCAAACAGGCUCUAUAACGUCAGAAAGUAAAAACUUCCACAUGUCUGUACAAAGUUAUAAAAAGCUGUACCUGUCAUCAUGGUUUCCAGGUUGGGAUUUAUAUUUACACACACACACACACACACACACACACACAUAUAUAUAUAUAUAUAUAUAUAUAUAUAUAUAUAUAUAUAUGUGUGUGCCUGUGUGUGUGUAUAUAUGUGUGUAUAUAUAUAUAUAUACACACACACACAUAUGAGUCUGUGCUGCAGUGAAUAAGUAUUUGAAUGGAAAUGAUCCCAGCAAAGGUGUGACAUAUUAAUCAUCCGUUCUAAAGAUGUAAUACACAGAUGGGGCGCAGGGGCUUUUCCUUUUAUAGGGUCAUUCCAUGAUUGCCAGCCUCUGUGUUCUCUCACUAAACAUGAAAACAGCCUUUUUUUUUUCCCCUCAAGGUUCUCUGUCUGUUCUGUUUUUGGUUCUCUUCUGUUCUCUCAUCCCCACUGGACUGUUUUGAUUUUACUUUAGGACUACUUCAUCGUAGACUGUACUUGUACUUGAGACAUACAGGUCUUAUGGUUCAUGGUGCUGCAUUCUUGUUUUCUUUUUUUUUUUUCUCCAAUAAAUUUGAAAUCCAGUUAUGUUCCCCACAUAUGACUGCAUUCAUCUUGUCAUUAUAUCAGUUCAAAUCAGUUUUAUUUUUCCUCCAAAUUCAUACUGAUCAUAUAUUAUAUUGAUGGAAUGCAGGAACAAAAUUAAGGGGUGAAUAAUCCAACUUUAUUCUAAAAUGUUAGGGUUGACUGUUUUUAUCCUGCAGGAUCUCUUUAAAUAUAUAGAUAUGUUUUUUUUUCUGACCAAUCCAUUACAUUCCGCGUGACACCAAGGAAAACUGGGCAAAGAAUUCUCUGAGGGAAUGUUUGGAUUGUUUAUAAAAACCUAGGUAAAAAAGCUGCUAUGUUCUCCUGUGAGAGCUGCUUCCCUUUCCACAGAUUGCUGUAUUUUUAUUAUUCCUUGUAACUCUGAUCCUUACAAACUGACUUGUAAGAAAAAGAUGGUACUCCUGGCCCCUGCAGUGGGACUUCAAACCGACAUUAAACUGACAGCUGGGCAGCAGUAGGAGUUGCUCUCCCUCCUCCAAAACUUUUUUUGGACCGGAUGUGGAAAAUCACUGCGCUUAUGUGGAAGACUUCAAAGGACCAAGGGCCCAGUCAUAUGACUGGACCCCACCUGCCACUACACCAACCACCCCUUCCCCCUCAAGUCCACCAAUACACAGAAGGGUACUCAUGUUACAUGAAUGUUUGACAGAUUAAAAAAACAAGUUGUGACCCAAAAUUAACCAGCACCUUAAAAUGAAAGAGAUACACCCUAAGACACAAUAGGACAAUAUGUAUGAUUGUGUUAACUUGUAUAGAAAGAAAUGUGAUAUAGACUUGUAUGGAGAAAAUGUAGUACACUGAUUUUAUCGCAUGAUAUUUGUUUUUAGGGUCUGAGUGACCAACUUUGUCAAUGGUUGGAAGCCAAUCGUUGGGUCUUUUCCUGAGUUCCUCCAAAAACCAGACACUGCAUUCUCUUUUUGUUUUGUUUUGUAAAGAUCAUUCUGUUGGUUGUGUUUUAUUUUUACACAGAUCAUAGUAGUAACUAUUUCAAUUGUUCCCCUUCAAAAUGAUUUAAGAAGCAGGAGAUGUAAUGCCUUUUGAUAAUAAAAUAAUCAUGAUGGUAAUGUA